UAACUAGAGGCCCAUUGAAGCAUUUCUGGCAUAGCCCCAAAAUGUAUGCUAUAGUUUUUAAGCACCCCGAAAAAAACUGAAAGCAAACUUUGUGCUGUAAGAAAAGAAAGUAUGCAACUGCGUUUAUUUUAAUCGGUGUAAAACAACCUGAACUCAACCUGAACUCCAACCUCCAACUCCAAAUUUUGCAACCCGAAAUUGCGGUCCCAGGUCCUGGCCCGCCCGACGAGAGCAUGCCGUGUCGUCAUCAUCAGCGUUUGAAGCAUUUGAGCCUGCGGCAUCAGCGCAAACACCAGCACACGCACCACCAGAACAAUCCGCUCCACUACCAUGCCCACCAUCUGCAUCAGCUGCCCACGGAUCUCAAGGGUAAAUCCAACAACAAUCUCACAGCAAAGUCAACAGCAACUGCAACUGCAACUGCAACUGCAACUGCUUCAACUACUACCAAUAUUAUCCACAACAUGCCGCAUGCCCACGCCCACGCCCACGCCCAAGCGCAAGCCUCUGCCAGCCACGCCUCCUCCGCCGCCGCCUCCGCCUGCACCGCCUGCCAGCUGGGCGGCAGCUUGAACAAUUUAUCGAGCACGCAGGACGAAUCCGAGCAUGACUUUGACUUUGUGAUACCGUCCGGUUGUGCCUGCGAUGAAUGCUUCGCCCUGAGCAGCAGCUGCACGGCGAGCACCUUGGUGGCCGAUGAAUGUUACACACAGACCGCUUCCUCCAUGCUGAAUGCGACGCGCUGUGCGAUAAAUACGGUAACUGCAAUUGCCACCGGCAGCAUGAGCAGCCCAGGUGCAGCAGCAGCAACAGGUGCAACAGCAGGUGCAACAGCAGGUGCAACAGAUGGCAAGGCGAGCUCCUGCUCCUCUUCGGCUUAUUUCUCAACGUCGGCGCCAACUGCCAGCAGCAGCUCGGUGCAAAGCAGCAUGUCGCGCUCUAACAGCAAAAAGCUGAAUAACAAUACUUGCAGCAUAAACAAUAACAAGCUGAGCUUUCGUAGCAGCAGCGCCCAUCUCAGCCAACAACAACAGCAGCAACAACAGCAACAACAACAACAACAAUCCCCCAAGCAACACCUGCAACAGUUGCAACUGGGCGCUUGCUCGUCGAUCUCGCCGCUGCAAUCGCCCACAGCCAAGUCCAGUUGCGACACGGACGAGGAUGUCGAACUGGACGAUCCAAAGAGUCCGAAUAGCGCCUCCUCGUUAUCCGAAACGUUCGACUGGUGGUUCAAUAAGCCAAAGCGUAACUCUAAGAAGUCCAGCACACAGACACAACCACAGACACAGGCACAAUCACACUCACAAACACAACAACAAUCACAGUUUCAGACACAAUUCAAACCAAUUGCAUUUUGGCAUCAGACAUCGCCCACACCGCGCUCUAGUUAUCGCUCUUUCUUCAAUUCUCUUGCCGAUCAAAUUUAUAGCAAACGUUCUACACCGUCUCAAUUAAAUAUAAACAAUGGAUUUAAUUUAACACCAACUCAUAGAUCGUCUCCAGUGAGUAGUUGUUGUGGCAGUAGUAGCCAGGGUCGUUCCAGUCCAGACACGGAUCAUGCCGAGCCGCCCGAAUUUCCGCUGAGUCCAGUGUACUGCCACUCACCAAAAAUGUUGUUCUGCUGCGCAAAUAUAAUAGCCACGAUUAACGCCGAUUUCCAUUAAGCUAAAUAUUACACACACAGAUUUAUUUGUUUAUUUAAGAUAUACUUUAAUUAAAUCCCUAUUUUUAUUUAUAUUUACGCUUUUGAUUUGCAUUUAAGUGUCUACGUAUAAGCUUAUUGAAUUACCCAAUUAUACACAAGCCAUACAAAAAGUCAGCUAACAUAUUUUGUGCCGUUUGAAAUGUGUUGCGAAAGGUACUCGUUAUUCCUUCUAAUUCUAUAAUAAUAACAAUUGUUUUACUGUACCUCGAACUCUAUAGAUACCCUAACCUAGAGUCUAAUUAGCAACUCGUAGCCUUCUUGUAUGCGUAGUUUAUUUCAUUGUUCUCCCGUUUUUCUCGUUGCUUAUUUUUUAUUUGGUUUUCUUAUUGCAAGCAAUUCAAAAGCAAUUCAGUGUUAAUUAAUCUAGUUGGGAUUAGUAGUGUUAGUUGGAUUUUCCAGUGUUGGCAAGCCGAGGCAACUGUACUUUCUUAUGACUUAUUAGCUGUCGUAUCUUGUAACUUUGACUAACCUUUCAUAAUCAUAUAACUGUCAUGGGAACGAUCGCAUUUCUUGUGCAGUGUU